AUGCAUUCAAUGGUGAACAAAGUAGAGAAAAAAACUCUUUUACCUGUACCUUCCUCCGGUCGACCUCUAAAACAGAGAAGAAUACAGUCGAUUAAGCAGCAACCGCUGCAAGAGGGUCAUCCGUCUUCACGGUCAUCAACAUUGCAAGCUUCGGUAUUUCCUAUUAGAAACGUACAACAACUAUUAAUAUUCCUUAAUGAUGAGCUUGAUUUGGGUGUUAAAGAGAACGAUCUAACCAAUCCUUCCCCGCAACGAACUCGAUCUCUCUAUCAAUUGUUGUAUAACCAUUUCUUCUGGUGGGCUGAGAAGAAUUCAAAGCAGCAGAAUGAUCAGAAAAAGAGUCAGGAGCCAUCGAACGUUCUUGCCACACAAGUGACACUCUACAAAAAAUUCAACAGCUUUUUAAAAAGAUUGCGAUGCCCUAUUACCUACGCUGACUACUGCAAUUCAACAGCGCUAAUUGUUCAAAAGGUUGUCUCCAAUAUUGCAGCUUUUUACGACGUUCAAAAAUCGUGUUAUGAAAAAUUCGCAUCUUCUAUCAACGAAAUAACCUCAGCCAAUGAUGAAAACCAACGUUUGCUAGAAGAGAAGCAGAAAAAGAUAGCAGAUUACAUGGAGAAAGAGAGCGUCAUCCUAGAGGCGGAGAAGGAGAGCGAAAGGAUGCUUAUGGAAAAUGAAAGCUUGGAUGUAAGCAUCCGAGAACUGAGAAAGGAACUAGACACGGUAAACAAGUCUAUUUCGAACCAGAAGAAGAAGAAAUUGGAACUGAAAGACAGAAUGUCUGAAUUGUAUAUGGCCACAGUUGAAGAGCAAAAUCGCGUAGAUACGUUAAAAGAGAUUUCAAAGAUAGACAUACAUGAGUUACAGGCACAGAUAGAAACUCUGAACCAGGAGAAACCGUUAAUUGAACAAAAAAUGGUAGAAGCUCAAUCAAAAGUGGACAACGCAGAUAGGACUAUUGCAGAAAUGAAAGCGCUAAGCACUUGCUUAAAAAAAUGCAUCCAAUCUUUUGACGACUUUAAGAACAAGGUUCAACAAGCAGAGGGCCUUAAACAAACGCUUAACACCAUGAAAGAAGGUUUUGCAAAAGAAAAAAUGAAGGAAGAUGAAUUGCUAAAUGAAAUCAGCUAUGUAAAUAAAAAAUAUGAAGAAGAUGAAGCAAACCUUAAGCGAAUAGCAGUACAGAGAGAAGAAAAACGCCAAAUGGUAGAUAUAGAAUGGAAAGAGCAAAGCAUGAAAUGGGAAAUAGAAUUGGAAAAGCUCAAACAAUCAGAAACAGCGAGUGCUGCUGAUGCUCAGCGUUUGCGCGAAAUAGAAUCCGAGGUUAAUCAACUUCGCUUGGCAGAGGCUAACCACAUGAGUUCGAUUACAGAAAAAUAUCAAUCAUUGUUGCUGGCUAUUGAUGAAAUUUUGGAAGGAAUCAAGCAUUCAAACUGA